AGCGGCUGCAGCGCCCGCCUUCUGCGCUGGGGCUGGAUCCUUCGGGUGCUUGAGGCCUGUAGAAACAGAGGAAGAUGCUGUCUGCUCCAAGCAACUUUACAAGCUAAAUACAGUGUGCUAUUGUAUGGCAGGAUGGAAGACUUCAGAAAUAUUGCGGAUGAGACGUUUCCAAGCUUUUUGGCUAACUCACUGAACAGUAAUACCAGUGGGAUUUUGGAGAAUGUCACCAUUUCAUCAAACCUUGGCUUACCUGUUGCAGCUUCAACUGUUGCCAGGAAUAAAACAGGUUGUGACAAUAGGCUUUCUGAUAUUCAAGCUUCUUAUCUAGAAGAAGGGAGAUUUUCACUGCCAUCAGCAUCUUCUCAUAGUGGUCAGUCUGCUUCGGAGCCAAGGGGGAAGUUAGCUCUCAGCUUUCAGGGUGACUUGGGAGUUACUACACUAAUUACAGAAGCUCAACCUGUUUCUGAUGGCUUGAAAGAGUCCAACUUAAUACAAAGAGGGCACAACCAGAAUGCCAUCGCUGAGUGUUCAAGUCUCAGUCAAGAUACCUUGUUUGACAUAUUACCAAUUGAACACUUGGAAGAUUUGUCCAUUGGAAUAUGUUCACUGCCACAAAGUAAAAAGGAAAACCAGAUUGGUCCACCUGAACCUGGAGAAAAAAUUUCACCUUCCACCAUCUUAAGUGACCAUUUCAGCACAAGUCUUUCAGGUUUCUUAGAAAAUGAGAAACUGCUGUCUCUUGCAAGCCUAGAAGGAAACUCAACUGAUGAUGAUAUUGACGAUGAAGAGUUCUAUGACAACCAACUGGAAGCCUAUUUCAAACAGCUGGUGUCACCAGAAGUGCCAAGAGGUGAUUGUGAAAGACAGGAACUUUCAGAAUGUAGUACAGCAUUGAAGCUGCCUGAAAAUGGAUUAAAACAGGAGAAUUUCCAAGUGCCUCACAUUCACCAAGCUGCCACAGGAAUGGAUUCUGCAACUGCUAGUGAUGAAGAUUCACAUGAAUUGGAGAAAGCUGGACAUACUGUACAAAGAGAACCAUUCUUCUUGCCAAAAAUGAUAGGCGAAACUGACCAGCCAAGUUUUAGACCUGGACUAGAAGGCAAUAGUUCUGAUGAGACUUCUGUUGGAACAGUAGCCAAUAAUUCCAAAAUAGAAUACAGUCAGUCUGCAGAGGAUCAGGUUAUUGGUCCAUCGGUAACAGGAAAUGGUUGUGGCUUUGGAGAUCUUGGUAGUGGAAGUGAAGGAGCAGCUUUGGUACCACUAUUUCCCCCUAAUAUGCAGAGUUUUGAUACAGGGGGAAUUGGAAGAAACAUAACUGGAGAAGAAAAUGAAGUCUUAGACCAGGCUUCUUCCAAAUGUAUGACUCUUGAUGAUAUUCCUACUCACAAUGAGGAUGCCAUUAAUGGUGAAGAUGUACUAAAUUCCAUCAAUGUUGCUGAAUUCAAACUAGAUUCAUUAUACCUUCAGCAUAUGGUUAUCAAUAAGACUGUGGUUGAUCUCUCCGAUGCCAUUUUAGAGCAGAGAACACAAUUCUCUAACUUGUGUCAUGCUUUUUCAUCUGAUGCUGAAGAAGUAUUGCACUUGACAGAUGAGGUAUUUGUGUAUGACUCAGCUCCUCAAAGUCCUGUUAAUGAAAAUGCAGCUGUGACUGAUACAAAUCCAGUCGAUGAGUGUGAACUCGGUCUGGCUGAUACUUACCUGUCUCCAACUGCUGGUGGUAGAGCAAAUGAAUAUCAAGAUGCAGCAGAAGAAGUAAAUUCAGCAUUUUAUGACCUGGAUGACCCACCACACAGUGUUGUCUAUCAAAAUGAAGAGGGAAAAUGGGUGACUGAUCUGGCAUAUUAUACCUCAUUUGAUAAAGAGCAAGACUUAAAUCUACCUGCAGACAAUAAAAUAAGUGAGGACUUCAUAACUGCAUCUGAAGCAAUAGCUAAGAUCGCACAAGAUCAAGAAGAAUUUGAGAGGGAUCACAGAUUUUUGCAGGAAGAAAAAAUAGACACACACAAUACAUCUGAAGUAGAGGAUACAUCAUGGAAAUCUGCCAAUAGCUAUAACCUGCUGAAGGCGUCCCAAACAACAUCUGAUCUUAGUAAAGAUGCUAGCUACUUACGUUUGUCUUUGGGGGAGUUCUUUGGUCAGAGAUCGGAAGCUCUUGGCUGUCUUGGCGGAGGCAGUGACGUGAGAAGGCCAUCUUUUGGUUAUCAUAUUACAUCUCCAGAGAAAAGGCAACCUGUAGCUUUGUUAAGGCAGUCUGAUGCAUCAAGAGGCAACUCUGAGCAAGAGAGUUCACAAAUUUCUGAUACGUUUUUUCCAGAAGUCAUAAAAGUGCACACAAGGGAAUAUCCAGACUCUGUGUCAGCCACGUUCACUGUUGAUGAAAUGGAGACUACAGCAGGAAUAAAUAAAAGCAUAAAUACGCAAACUGCUACUGAAAGUAAAAUAGAGGAAAGACUUGAUAAAAGCAAAUCUGAAGACAAGCUGCCUGAUUUCACAGAUCCUAUCCUGAGCAUAAGCACAAUUGCUUCAGCUAUUGCUAAUGCAUCUGCUAGUGCUGAUCCUUCUCAAUUAGCUGCUAUGAUAAUGGCUCUUUCAAAUAAAAGUAGAGAGAAACCCUUUCUUCCUGAAGCUGAUAAAUAUACAGACCUCUCCUUCAUCAAUCAGCUUUUAUCCAGCAAAAAAGAAAAGCAUAAUGCUUUUAAUAUGGAGAAAUAUCUUAAAAAGACUGAAGAGGCUGGGCAUGAAAGUGAGCCUGAAAACUUUACAAGAUCUGAUGUAUCUGUCCAUGACCUUAUUUGGGAUAGUUCUUUACCAUAUAAACAUAAAAGUCAAGAUACUCAGGCAGCAGACUUGCUAAAUAGUAAUCUUCCUAUGAAGCAAGGAGGAGGGAAAUGGCUUCUGGACUAUACGGAAAGCUUUUAUGAAGAAAAUGGCACCCAGGAUUCCUCUUGUGCAUCUAACUUUCCUGAGAAUAGAAAGAAAACUGUAAACAGGGCUAAGCAUUCAGAAAAAUCAUCUGAUUUGAUAACUGGUAAACAACCACAGCCAAAGAGAACUAGCCUCACUUUAAAUGUACUAGGUACAGAAAAGACAUCCAGUGAAAAUGAGAGACAAGGUUUUUUGAGUGUGCCUGCAACAAAAAAGGAGAUGGUGUGUAUAGGCAAAUGUGCUUCAUUAAAGCAAUUUGCUAGCCAAACAAAUAGCCUCACAAACUCACAUAUUAACUAUUCCAAUGAAAAUAAAGAAACAACUCAUCAGGUGAUGAACAAAAUUGUUCCUAGAUCAAGUAAUGACUCAGUGAAGAGAGCAACUACAGAAAGCACCGUGUCAACCAACAGCUUAAAACUUGUCCAGCAGUCUAGUAUUCCGUUACCUACAAGUCCUACCAAAGCAAAAUCUACACAGAAAUUGAGCAAAGAUGAAAAGAGACAAGGUGGAAAAAUGCAAAAAGGAAUCCAGGAGGCUAGUGCUACUUACAAUAAUUUUGUAAAACACGUGACUUUUGAAAAGCCUUCUGUGACUUCCCCAAAAAGUAUUGAUCAGAAACCCACGUCUUCUGAAUGUGACUUACAGUCUUCAGAGGAUGAACAAUAUAGCUUCAGACCCUCAACUUCACCACUAAUUCAUUCUUCUCCCAGCGAAGCUUCUGGAACAACUCUUUCAGGAUCUGAAGCUGAUUCUCCUUGCAUAGCACCUUAUUUUCAGAGUUCUGCCUGCAAUGACAGUACCUUAAUUCAGUCAGUAUGUUCAAGUCCUAGCAUGAGUCGACUGACAUAUGUCUCUGCAACUGACAAUACUCUUAAGAAUAUAGCCAUCAUACCUAGUGCAGCGAGACGUGAGGAGGACUCUGAAGCCCACCAGGAACUAUUGAAAAGGGUGGCAUCAAGCCUCAGCCUUCAGGCUGAGGAGGUGGAGGAGCCCUCGGAAUCUCUCUUCAACAUCCUAUCCGCCUCGGUGCCGGGCAGGAUGGCUCUCCCACUCCAAGAAGGGGUGGCAAAAAUUUCAAAUGCUUUAUGGCAAACCCCAGCUUCCUUGCCCCCCAUCUCUAAGAGGGCUGAACAGAAGUACUUUGUGCCUGCCAAAGGGCAUGAAUACUUGUACACCUACCCUGCCCCCAACUCCCUGGUAGUAGAGUUGGUCAAUCACAGGGAACGGCCAAAGGGGGGGAUCAGGCCCACCCUGGACCUGCGAGGCCUGAACCAGUACAUGGUAAAGCUCAAGUUCCACGUGGUCUCUCUGGCCUCCAUCAUCCCCUCCCUGGAUCCCGGGGACUGGUACGCCGCCCUCGAUCUGCAGGACGCAUACUUCCACAUCCAUAUAUUCAAGGGGCAGACGCGCUUCCUCCAUUUCACGGUUGGGCAGGAACACUACCAAUUUCCAGUCCUCCUGUUUGGCCUGUCCACUGCUCCCAGGGUAUUCACAAAGUGCAUGUCUGUGGUUGUGGCCUACCUCAGACGUCGUGGGGUCCAGAUCUUCCCCUAUCUGGAUGACUGGCUGGUCAAGGGCAGCUCCCAGUCGCAGGUGCGGGAUCACGUAGUGCUCCUUCUGUCCACGUCCGCUACCCUGGGCCUGUUGGUGAACGACACCAAGUCCACGUUAGUUCCGAGUAAUAAUGCUAGUGAGUUGAGCACAACAAUAAUUCGAUCCAGUCCAACUCCAUUAGUAGAACAGACUACUGAAAAACCCGAAGACUUCUCAUGGCAAAGAAAUAGAAGAGGAACUUCACUAAACACUAGUCAGAAGAACGUGAAUGAGAAACCAGAAGCAAGUGAGUCUACAAGUCCUAGCAACAAACUUGAAGAUUCAGUACCUAACCAUAAAUUGUCCAGAGAGUGUUUGCCAAGAAGUGAAAAUGAGUUUACAUCUAGUCUUCCAAACACAACACCCAGUCAGAACGAAAUGGGACAUGUUAAUCCAGCUUUACCAAGCAAGUCAUGUGUCCUUCAGCCAUUAUCUAUUAAUGUCGAUACACCUGUAGCUUGGCAGGAUCAUACAAACAAAACAAAGAAGCCAGGAUUAUCCUCUUUAAAUAUGGUACCCACAUACAGUGCAUUAGGUGUUUAUAUUCCAUUAAAUCAAAACACGUGUGGUGAACAGUAUGUUCCUAUUUCAAGCUUCAAAUCCUAUGGAUCUGCCUCUGAGACUCAGACAGUGUCUUCUGCAAUUCCCACGCUACUUACUGGACGUUCACUUGCAACAACAGCAUUUGCUCAACAAUACCUGGGAAACAUGCAAUCAAGUGGAAAUGUUGCUUUGUCUCAGUAUGGUGGCAGCUGCACCGGUUAUUGUCUUCCACCUGGACUUCCUUUUUCUAGCAUCCCAGCAGGACACAUUCAGAAUUCAGUUACAGUAGGAAUUCCUUUAGGUCCAAGUGUUGGGCCUGGAUUGUUGGGUACAUCUUCACUUUGUAAUCCACACUCUGGUUCCUGGAACCCGAAUAUUUUAAGUACAGAAUCGUACAUUGGGCAAUCUGCUGGCUCUAAUGGAAGUAAACGGUGGGAGCCAUCUGGGUUUGGACAUGUGAGAGUACCAGAAGAGCUGAAGUUCCCCAAUGCUUGUUGUGUAGGAAUUGCAUCACAAACUAGUCUUGGUAUUUUUAAUCCAACUGAAAGAUGGUUGCAGGUCAGCAUUGGAAUUUUUAGUAUUUCAAUUAAUGGAGAAAAGAUGGAUCCUCUGAAAUGUCAAUGUCUAGUGUUCAAGAACAAAACCAUCAUAGGACCUCAUUCUACAGAAGAGCUGAAAAUACUUUUCUUACCUUGUCAUCCUGGAAUCUUCCAGUGUGUCUUCAGUAUUUCAUCUUGGCCGGUUUCUGCAGAUGCUGAGACAAUAGUCCAGGCAGAAGCUUUGGCAACUAGGGUAGUUUUGACAGCAGUUGCUGAAAAUCCUAAUCUCGAGGUGGAAACAGGAAAGACAGAUGGUCUAGAUUUUGGUGACCUAUCAUCUGGCAGUUGGAAGGCUCUUCCACUAAAACUAAUCAACAAGACCCAUGCUUCUGUGCCCAUCAGACUUCUUAUCAAAGCAAAUGCUGUAGCGUGGCGUUGCUUCACAUUUUCCAAGGAACCAGUUAAUACUUUUAUUGAAUGUUCACCUCAGACUGAUGCAAACUGUCAGCUAGCAGCUCCAUCAGUUGUGAACCAUGUGAUACACGCAAGUUAUGAUGGACAAGAUCCUGAAAUCUUAGUAGUGUGGGUCCUGUUCCACGCACCAAAGAAACAAAUCUCUCUUUCAGAUAUCUUGGGUCCAGUAGAUGAGUUCUUAGCAAGAGUUGAUGUAGAGGUUGACAGUCCAGGGCCUACUAGUGUGAUAAAAAGUAUUCCCCUCAGAGCAAGAGCUGGAACAGCUAGGAUACAUGCUCCGAAGGACUUACAGGCCAUGUGUCUGUCUGCUAGUGUGGGUUCUUCAGCCAAGCAGCAACUGCCUUUAAAGAAUGCUGGAAAUAUUGAAGUCUAUUUAAAAAUUAAGACAUCAGGUCAAGACAACUGCAUUUCUGUUGAACCUGAGGAUCUUUUCCUUAUGCCUGGAGAAGAACAAGAAGUGGCAGUCCUAUUUUCUCCAAAAGAUUUAAAAACCAGUAGUGAAAGUAUCUUGAAAAUCCUUGUGUUGCCAUCUGGACCUCAGUAUGAAGUGGUGGUAAAAGGUGAGGUGAAUAUUUUGGGAAACAGACCACUGGCAACGACUUCCUGCUACUCAGACAUUCCACCCAUUCUCUCCAAUAAGCAGUUCAUGGCAUGGGGAGGGGUUACACUUGGAAGAACAGUUCAACAGAAACUAACUCUAAGAAAUAACUCUCCAUCUGCAACUCAGCAUUUACGACUUUUGAUAAGAGGUCAAGAUCAGAACUGCUUUCAGUUGAGAAAUACAUUUGGUACAGAAGAGCGGUUGACUAGUAAUCAGGAGCUUAAAAUCCGCCCAAGAGAAGAUACCAAUAUCUUCUUGAUGUUUGCACCCACUCAUGUAGCUUGCAUGUUAGCAAAGCUUGAAAUCAAACAGUUGGGGAUUCAGUCGCAACCAGGAGUCAAGUUUACUAUACCUUUGUCUGGAUAUGGGGGAACAAGCAAUGUAAUUUUAGAAAACGUUAAAAAACUGUCUGACAGUUACAUGGUAACACUGAAUGAAUUAUUGCCUGAUAAAUUUAGAGAAGUUACUUUCCGCAUAAGAAAUAUGGGCUCUCGAGCUGCCUAUGUUAAAGCACUAUGCUUUAGGGACCUUCAGUCAAAAGCUGUCAUGGAUCCUAAAGUGAUGAUUGUUUCUCCAGAGAAAUUUGUACUUAAGGAAGGAACACAAGAGGUGGUUACAGUAACAUGUAAUCUUGUGGAAAGGGAAGAAAUGUUACAUAAAACAAGCACAUCGUUAUUAUCUACAAUAUGCUUCUUUUGUGGAGAUGAAGUUUCCAGGCAACAGUAUCGCAGAGCUGUGCUGUAUAAACCAGAGGCAGCAAAACAAAUACUCCCUCAAAACAGCAUGCUGAGAAACAUUACCUUUGAUGAAGAAUUUCAAGGGGAACAGCUAGUGACUGAAGUGUAUGACCUACCACAAAGGACAAAUGACAUUGAGCUUUUUUAUGGAAAUAUGCGUAAAGUUAUUCUUUCUGUGGUUGGAGAUUCCAGUUUUAAGAGGGAUUGUCUUCAGCAGUCUCCAGGACAUAGCUUGGAGUCAGACAGACUUGGAAGCACUGAUACACAUACCAACACAACUUUGGAUGUUCUUCCAGUUAAAGGACCUCAAGGUCCCCCAUUAUCUUUAAAUACUGAUGACCCUGUUCAGAAUAAAUUGAUUUCUCGAGAGACAUGGGCCGUUCAGCCUGAACACUUAAUUUUGACAUCUCCUUCUAUUAGUGGAACAGCAGAAACUGGACAUAUACAAAUUAUGAACAAUUGUAAUAGGUCAUUGAAAUUUGAACUUUCUUGGCCAGCUCAUUGUCUUACAAUAACACCUCAACAUGGAGUUAUUGAGCCAGAGACCAGUAUCUUAAUUCUUGUGAGUCCUAAUCCAUCACUUGCCACAAAGUCUUCAGUAUUUCCUUGGAGUGGUCUAAUUUAUAUACAUUGUGACAAUGGACAAAAGUUCAUUAAAAUUCAGAUUCGAGAAGACAUUGCCCAGGAUGUAUCUUCAACAGGCUCAGCAUCUAAAAAGCUUGAUGUCCUUACACCAUCAUCUGAGUCUGUCAUUCAUAUGAUAAAACCACUUCCAAAGCUACCUUCAACAAAAGUUGAAAUAAAGAACAGAACUAUUUUUUUUCCUGAAACAAGAUUUGGUGAAAGCUCAGAAAACUACCUAGAGAUGGAAAAUAAUGGGAAUGAAGAUGUGAGGUGGCACUUGUCAUCUUUUGCCCCACCAUAUGUCAAGGGCGUAGAUGAAAGUGGAGAUGUUUACAGGGCUACCUACACAGCUUUCAGAUGUUCCCGUGUUUCUGGUACACUUGGAGCUCAUGGAAAAGAAAAAGUUGCUAUCAUCUUUUUACCUAGGGAUAGAGGAGAUUAUGCUCAAUUUUGGGAUCUUGAGUGUCAUCCACUUGCAGAACCUCACAUGAAACAUAAACUAAGAUUUCAACUAUCUGGAGACUGUUUCAAAAAUGAAGCUGUGAAUGCAAAAGUUUCCACAUGUGCCCUAAUAAAAACUGAAAUUCCAGUUAUGCCAAGAAGAAGAGCUGGCUCUGAAGCUUCUACACUUAAAACUGGGCAAAAUGAAGUAAUUCGAGGAGUAUAUUCCCGAGAAGAUCAUUAUACGUUUCUACCAACCAGAGUUGGGGAAUCAAGCACUUUAAAAGUCAAUUUGCGGAAUAAUACUUUUAUUACUCAUGUGCUGAAGUUUGUAAAUCCCAGAGAGCCUUUCCACAUCAGGCACUCGAAAUAUUCUUUGAGAUCCCAGCAUUAUAUCAACCUGCCAGUCCAGUUCAAGCCAAAGUCAGCAGGCAGAUUCGAAGGUCUGUUGGUUGUGCACAUAGACAAAUAUGGCAGUCUUGGUAUUCGAUUACUUGGUGAAGCUCAUGCAAAAGAGUAA